AUGGAAGACAAUGAAGUGCUUGAGCGCCUCGCCACUCACCUUCGCGAACCCCCCACUAUCCCCUCUGUGCCUGUUUACGCCCUCCCGGAUCAGCAGUAUCUUGAGGCCACUGUGUUUCCGCUGCUUUUGCGGGGGCUGGAGGAGGUGGCAAGGUCGCGGCCUGCUGAUCCAUUGGCAUUUCUCGCAGCUUACCUCCUGAGCAACAACCCACAGAAGACGUCCCAUCCUCUGAUGGGAGACGAGGGGCGGCGAGUUCCGUUGCAGGGGAUCGCCCAAAUGGCCGCUGACAUCAUAAGCCGGAAAUAA